GUCGUAUUUUGGUAACCCGGAACCGCACUAUCAAAUCGAAAUAAACGACAUCGACCUGAUAUCGACGCGAUUAUCGAGCGCCACUGGUAGCAUCAGUUUGAGCGCGUAACUUUAGCCGAUAGGACGACGACUAGAGCCGAUCCCGGUGUUUAUCGCUAGGAGGUAGCGCUCGCUUAUACAUUUUACCACGAGGAAUUAUCCAGAGGCGGACAAAACGACACAAUGUUAAGCGUAAUGAAUCAAUUACCUUCCAUCAAACUGGGUGAUUUAACCCUGGAAAUCGAACUUGGAGCACCAAGUACCGAAAUCCAGGAAGUUGCCAUAAAAGAACUUCGUGAAUCAUCGGAACUUCAAAAACAAGCUGUAGAACAUCUCAAAGAACUUCUGAAAAAUGAACCUGACCUGAAAUGCCCCCUAGAUAAUGAAGCUUGGAUAAUUCGAUUCCUUCGACCGUGCAAAUAUUAUCCUGAAUCAUCUCAAAAACUUGUUAAAAAUUAUUAUAAUUUCAAAGUAAAACACUCAAAUGUGUAUGAUGGUCUUAAACCAAGUAAUGAACGAAAUAUUUUUGAACAAAAUAUUCUCACAGUCUUACCAAAUCGUGAUCAAUACGGACGACGAAUUCUCAUAAUUGAACUUGGAAAAAAAUGGAAACAUAAUGAAGUCACUCUUGAUGAAGUAUUUAAGGGCUGUGUAUUAUACCUUGAAGCAGCGAUGCUAGAACCCACAACUCAAAUUGCCGGAGCAGUAGUUAUUUUCGAUAUGGAUGGUUUGUCCCUUCAACAAACAAUGCAGUUUACGCCACCUUUUGCCAAGAGGAUCGUUGAUUGGCUACAGGAUGCUAUGCCACUUAGAAUUAAAAAUAUACAUAUUGUUAACCAGCCUUAUAUAUUUAAUAUGGUUUUCGCGCUAUUCAAACCUUUCCUUAGAGAAAAAUUAAAGAGCAGAAUAAUUUUUCACGGAAAAGAUCGCAAAUCACUUCAUAAAUACAUCUCAACAAAAUGCUUACCAGACUGCUAUGGUGGAAAUCUAAAAAUUCCAAGAGUUAGUGGUAACCAGUGGCUAGAUCUUCUGAUAAUGUGCGACAACGAAUAUGUUGCUAUUAAUUCGUAUGGAUAUAAUAAGAAGUAGAAGUGAUGAAACUGCUAUAUCCAAAAUUCAUCAAAUUUUCAAUGCUUUAGGAAAUAUUCUUAACAUGUACAUGAUAUUAUUCAAGAAUAUCUUCCAGACUUCAAUAUCAAAUAUUUUAAAUAUUUUAAAUACAUAAAAGGAAAAAGUAGAUGGUAGUCUAGUGCUUAUAAUAUAGAAAAUAUUUAAUUGUUAUUGUUGAUACCAUAACGGUUUAAAUGUAGUGAGAUUAAUAAUUUGCAUACGCUAUUGAAAUUUACAUAUUGACUGCAACAUAAUACUUGCAAGAUAUAAUAAAUCAAACGAAAAUUUAACUUCGCAUACGAAAUUUAACGAUUCAAAAUACAAUUAAUAAAAUAUAUUCAUUGGACAUAGAAUUAAAUUGAACAACGUGUGAACCAAGAACAAAAUAUUAUUGUAACUACUGUUAUUAUGAAUUACAGUAGGUUUUUAAUUAGUGCAAAUAUUCUUGUAUUAUAAAUACUUAUAAAUUAUAACUAAUUAUAUGCGCUUAUGUGAAUUAAUUAAGAUCAGAAUGAUAAAGCUGUCCAUAAAAUGAUAAGUAAAAGUAUUUUUCUAUUAUAUUUAUUAGCUUGUACGAUAAAAUAUGAAGAAGUAAUUAUAUUAAAA